AUGUCGAACGUGUUGACCAUCUGGGCUGUGGUGAUUUCCGGGACAACGGCUGACCUGACCUGUGAUACACUGCUACUGCUGUCCACCAAUCUCACUGCACGUACGUUGGCACUGUGGAAUCUGACCCUCACGCCCAGCAAUGUCACCGCCGGCCUGUUCUGUAACAUGUCCAUCGAUCCCAUCGGUACCUGCUGGCCAAAGAGCACUGCAGGGGAGUGGGUGUCACGGCCAUGUCCAGAGAUGUUCUAUGGCGUCAAGUACAACACCACCAACAAUGUGUACAGAGAAUGCCUUUCUAACGGGUCCUGGGCCGUGAAAGGCAACUACACCCAGUGUCAAGAGAUUCUCAAUGAGAAAAAGAGCAAGCUGCACUACCACAUAGCGGUGAUCAUAAACUACAUGGGACAUUGUAUCUCUCUGGCAGCCCUGUUGGUGGCCUUCAUCCUCUUCAUGAGGCUGAGGAGUAUCCGCUGCUUGAGGAACAUCAUCCACUGGAACCUGAUCACAGCUUUCAUCCUGAGGAACGCCACUUGGUUCGUCGUACAGCUCACCAUGAACCCUGAGGUGCACGAGAGCAAUGUGUUGUGGUGCCGGCUGGUCACGGCCGCCUAUAACUACUUCCACGUGACAAACUUCUUCUGGAUGUUUGGGGAGGGCUGCUACCUGCAUACAGCCAUCGUGCUCACCUACUCCACGGACAAGCUACGCAAGUGGAUGUUCAUCUGCAUCGGGUGGUGUAUCCCUCUUCCAAUCAUCAUUGCAUGGGCCAUUGGCAAGCUUUACUACGACAACGAAAAGUGCUGGUUUGGGAAGAAGGCAGGAGUGUACACAGAUUACAUCUACCAGGGCCCAAUGAUCCUGGUGUUGCUGAUCAACUUUAUAUUCCUCUUCAACAUUGUGAGAAUCCUCAUGACCAAGCUGAGAGCCUCCACCACCUCAGAGACAAUACAGUACAGGAAAGCGGUGAAGGCCACUCUGGUGCUGCUGCCUCUCCUGGGCAUCACCUACAUGCUAUUUUUUGUCAACCCAGGAGGGGAGGAUGAGGUCGCCCAAAUAGUCUUCAUCUACUUCAACUCCAUCCUGGAGUCUUUUCAGGGCUUUUUCGUGUCAGUGUUUUACUGCUUCCUGAACAGCGAGGUGCGUUCUGCGGUUAGGAAGAGAUGGCACCGCUGGCAGGACAAGCAUUCAAUCAGAGCUCGAGUGGCGCGCGCCAUGUCCAUCCCCACGUCGCCCACGAGGGUCAGCUUCCACAGCAUCAAGCAGUCAUCGGCUGUUUGAGGACCAACAAAACUCUGCUUUGGCUGAAAGCCCCCGUUUAACCUCUCACCGCCAACCACCCCUCCAACAUGUCCGCCACAGAGCACCUCUUUCCCCUCUUCUCUCCAAACCAACCGAGGGAAAGAGCUACCGUGAUGGUUCACACAGGGUACACUUGGUCUGUAAACACAAAGCUCACACAAAGCCCCUCCCAGGGAGCGAUGACCUCUUUAGUCUCUCGCCUGCUAAUAUAUUGAGGUACGUUCGCUCAGUGCGUUCCCUCUGAACGCUACGGAGGGUCAGGAUGACAAUGGCCAAACAAAGUAAUGUCAGAAGCUGACUUUUUGCCAAAAGGCAGAACAGGGAAUUGGAACAAUCCCUGUGGCGUUGGCGGAUUCAGUUGAGAGGUGACGUUUGAUGUCAGAUAAAAAAAAAUAACCUGUUUGUCAGUAAAUGUUGUGUUUUUUAUUCUGCAAAAUCCAGAAGUUGGAGUCCAUAUGGAUGGAGUUGGAGUCCAAAUGGAUGGAGUUGGAAUCCAAAUGGAUGGAGUUGGAAUCCAAAAAAAGACUUUGAGAGUGGGAAGAAAAUGGUACUGGAGCACGUGCUUGUAUCAGUGUCAAAUACAUGAUCGCUGUUGGACUGACCUGUUCAAGAUCAUCGACACAACCAUUUGAUUCUUGUUCCUUUGCAUGUUUCUAUUUUCUGUGGAAACAUUUUUGAACUUUGAGUUGGCUAUGCUUGCUGGCUCUGCAAAGUGAAUGACUGCCACGGGCCAUUCAUUUCAGGUCUGUCCAUACUACUGUCUCUAGAAAACUUUCUCCCUUUCCUUCCUUCUGUUUUUCUUAUGGAUUAUUAUCUUCACAGAGACCCAUGUUCCCCGAUGUGAAAUAUUUGACCUCCAUUGAAGAUGGAUGCCUUUCCCAUUAUCCCUACAACAACAACCAAGGCAUUGUGCAAGCGGAAAAAGUGAUGUGACUUUAUCCAACACUGUUACUAAUGUGAAUGAGCUGUGAAAAUUGGUACGCACUGUCAAAAUGAUUUUCUGUUGAGUGAGGUUGUUAAAGGUGUUCAUUUUCA